GUCCAACAUGGCAGUUAGUCCUUACGUGAACCGCGCGGAGUUGUGGCUUGCAAAUGCAAGUUUCCGACCAUCUUUUCGCCUUCCGGAACAUUUUCAUCCUAGCAUAUUUUUAAAAUGGUUUCCAGGCCACAUGGCGAAAGGUGAGUAAUUUUCCAAACGUAAAUUUCUUCGAAAAGUUGGCACGAAUGAUUGCCAACAGGUUGCCAAGAAGCACAUUACUUUCACCCCACCCCUCCCACAACCUCUCCAAUUACAAUAUUUGGGGGUAUGUGCUUACAUUAUGGUUUAAAAGGAAUUCAAGUAGUAGUCUGACAGUAUUUGUACUCACGUGGAAAUUUCUCGCUGAAAGCAAGCUACUGCACUAGAUAUAGAAAGGGGACACUGAAUAAACAGAAAUAUCGUGUUGCCACUUUUGCAAUCUGCUCCAACGCUUUUUAGAAGAUGUCUUAAAAAUGCCCCUGUGGACUGUAUAAAAACGAGGCUUCUACAUAAAGCAUCUGACUUAUAACUUCAUUUAUUAUGGGCAAAAUAGCACCAAAAUAAAACCAAAGAUUAACUCUAUGUUGUUGUUGAUGUCUUGAAUAGAUAUCUAGUUACUGUAAGUCACAAGAUAAGGCAUGCGACCAAACAAACAUGGAAGUGAGGCUGGUUGACUAAAACUUCUUUUGACCCUCCAACAAUGUUUAAAAUACUUUGUUAUACUUCAUAAACAGCAUAGAUGUUUGUUUCAGCUCAAACUGGAAGAUUUGGAAAUCACAUGAUUUUUAGGGGGAACAGAGGGGAAAUCUGUUGUUGCUAAAAGAGUAUGAAGGAGAGCAUGUAGAAAAUGACUGCUGGCUAACUGCCAUUGAGGGAGGGAUUAUAAGAAUUUUAUGAUGGUAAGAGCUUUAUGAGGGAUCAGGUAAAGUAUCGUGACACAGCCAAUAUCCUACAACCCCUCUCCCCUGCUCCCUGCCCCUGUCCCUAGGAGGAAGUCAAUCUCUGGGACCUUAUGAAGAACUAGAAGCUUUCCAGUUGGAAGACUGCUGGCAGAAACAUCAAAUUAGGGAUUGAAAACAGCAUGGUGAAGCUGCAUGAGGACAGGAACCUGUUUGUAAGAAUUAUAAUUGUAUACAAGAGUCUGCCAGAGAUUGAAAUCCAAGAAGCUCCAUGUUGCCAAGAUCAAUGUUUGUUACUGGUGGUACAUUACUUUGCUGCUCAUGUAAGAAUGCCUUAAUUAGUAUUUUAGAGAAACUGCCUGUAAGUCUAAGUGAAGACAAUGACAGAACUGUCAACCAAACUACAGAAGUACAAAUGAGAGUCACUCUGGUGGAUGCAAUAUCUGAGGUUUAAUCCCUGGACAAACCCAAAUGGAUCAAAAACUAAAUCACUUUGUUUGUCACAUUUUCAAGAUGCUCAGCGAAAAUAAAGAAAUCCAUUUUUUUUUUGACAAAUACAAUCUGCCAUCUUCUCUAAAAGGAGAUACUCAAAAAAGAAGCAAAAAGGCAUGAAUCAGAAGUAUGAUUGAAUCACUGCUUCAAUGCACAUCACAAAGAUUCCAAUGAAGAAGCUUCUUUACACACCACAUCAAAGAUGGUGCUGGGAGACUAUCUAGCACAGAAGACUGUCAAGUUUGGCUGCCAAAAUGGUGGAUUAGUAGUAUAGUUUUAGUAGGAGGUCAGAAUACAUGGGAACAAGAGAAGAUUUUCUUGUCUCCAAAGCAACCAGAAGGGGGUAGACAUGAAGAUUAUUUUACAUGAUGUUGAUACUACAGCCAGAAGUACAACAUUCUCUUGACACUGAGGUUUUUGUCUUGGCUCUCAGAAAUUAUUCAACGUUUUGCAAGAAACCCCUUUUGUCACUGGUACGGGCAGGAAUCAUCGAGAAAUUAUUCUUUGGCCAAUUUUUUGCACCAUAGGCCCUGAAAUGGCAGCCACUCUCCCAGCUUUAAGUGGAGCAGACAACACUGGCUGUUUUUCAGGAAAAGAGAAAUCCACAUGUUAAAAAGCUUUCAAUUGGAAGCUGAAAUCAUCAUGGGUCUUUCUGAGCUUGAAGGUGCAGUUGUUAUUCCCAGAUGGUGGUCUUUAGUUAGAAACAAGCCCAGUCAAAGAGGCUGCCCCCCAACCGAGGUUGUAUUUCAAUACGCAAUCUGGUGUGGAAUAAUGAUAUGGUAGCAAAUCCCACCCUGCUAUCACUUUAGAGUUUUGGUUGACCAUGGGAUAGUGACCGUUGGGUUGUUAUAAUGAAGAAACUGCCUCCAGUGCCUCAGGCUAUUAUUCAUCAUGUAAAGUGCAAGUGUGCUGGGGCAUAAUGUGUGACAAAUGCUGUCAGUGUAGAAAGAAUGGGCUGAAUUGCAUGGAUCAAUGUAUGUGUUGAGAUAUUGGAGAAAUGUGUGAAAAUAUGCAUAAUGAUGAAGACAAUGGCUCUGCUGAUAAUAACAAGAGUGAAAAGGAUGAAGAUGGUUAAGAAUAUAAUUCUGUUUUGAAUGAUUAAGUUACACACACUUUGAGUCCCAAGUUACAAAAAUAUUUGCUUAUGAUUAAAUCUCUAGUGCCUAUGGCUGACAACUGGUCUUCUUAUGAGAAAUAUUAUCUUUAAUAAUUAUAUCAGGAAUGAUAGCAAGUUUUCUUUUUGUAUUAUUGAAUUGUCAAGCAAAGCCAAAUAUCACAGCCUUGCUUUCAUGUUUUUAAAAUCACAUGACCAGCACAUUUAAUCAGGAAGAAACAGUUUGAGCUAAAAAAAUUUCUAUGCUGUUUAUGAAGUAUAGCAAAGUAUUUCAGACAUCAUUGGAGGGUCAAAGGAACUUCAGUAGACCAGCCUCACUUUGAUACUCCCUUAGUCACUUGACUUAUCCUGUGACUCACAGUUACUAGAUAUGUGUUUAAGACAUCAACAAGAAUGUAGAGUUAUAUCUUUGGUUCUAUUUUGAUACUAUUUUGCCCAUAAUAAACAAAGUUAUAAGUGAGAUGUUUUAUGUAGUAGCCUCAUUUUCAUGCAGGGUCCACACCGGCAUUUCAAAGCUAGAAUAUCUGAGGAAUAAGGUGAGAUCACUGUGAAGAAAAUCCAGACCUUCAGUGGAGGAUUGCAGACUGCUUAACAUAGGUUCUACAGUAGUGUGGGUGAUAAUUACUGGCAUGUAUUGUACAUGUACCUUUCUUUAUGUGAUGAAAAGUGGUGAAAAAAAAUUUCUUUAAUCUCACUAGAGGAGGAAAAUAAUAAUGGGAGGAUUGAGUAUGAGCCAGAGAAGGUUAAACUUUUUUAUUUAAAAGAUUGGUGGGAAAUGACUUGAAAUCCCAUAUCAGUCUAAUGUAUAUACUUGAAGCCAUGUUUGAUAUUGUAUGUUGUGGUUAAUAAAGGUAAUUGCAUGGAGCCAAGUAAAAUUAGGGAUAGAUGUCAUGCAUGUUUUUAGAAUUUGCAGGAAUUGCCUAAGUCACACAGCAACAAGGUCAAUUUCCACAACUCGGAAAGCACAAGUGGUAUUUCCCUUAAUUUUACAAGGGAACAUGCAAUUACCUUUUUUUAUGUAAAAGGAAAAAUUUUCUAUGGUAAAGAAGUUAUAAAACACGUGCUGUUACACAAUAUCACAUGAAGCCAUUUCAGAGUUCAGUUAACAUCAAUCAACUGCAAAAUGUGCAAAUCAGGUGAAUGAAAUUUUAUUUCUUAUCACAAUGCCAAGGGAAUGAAACCAGCCUUGCUGAGAAGCAUUUGCCUUCAAUUAAAUUAUAAUGCUUUUAGGUGGAGUUAAACCUUUUUUGACAUUUUCAAUUUCAAGUGAUUUCAAGUAAUUUUGUUGAAAAUAUUAAGGUUAUUUAGAUUACAAAACAUUGGGGUGAGGUUUUCAUGUGAAAGAUAUUCAGCUCUGCGUAUAAUUCUGACAAUGUUUCUGCAAAAGGAAUUGCCUGUUUAAACUGGAGGGGUAUGUUUAGGACCAUACAGCAUUGCAAUAGUUGAAAUAAAGAAGAACAGUGGGUUACUUUGAAACUUUUAGGAUUUUUAUGGGAAAGUUUUCAUAAUUGUACAAUUUAUUCCAUUUUAAGUUGGUAUGUAUAUAAUGCAUCUCAUUCUUAUGACAAAGUGAAAGGAAUCACACAACUUGCCAACAACACUUUAAAGCAAGAUUUCAAAGCAGUGUUAAAAUUUUACAUUUUGUUGAAUGGUAAGAACUUGUCACCCAACAGCUUUCUCUCACAAGUAAUGCAAAUCUUUGAACAUCAAGAACAUGUGACAUCUAGAGCUGUUUUUGUUUGCUACAAAAAUUGGUUCACAAGUCAAAGGUUGAAGGAAAAUUUCAGGCUGUAGGUUCUUAUGGAAAUAUUUUAUUGUACCUUGAGUUGUAUUGAAAGUCAAGCCUUGACAUGCCCAAAAUAUUGUGUGGUUGUCUUGUUAGGUUUCCGUAAGAUGCAACUAAAGCUACCAAAGUGUGACUGUGUUGUGGAAGUUCAUGAUGCAAGAAUAUCCUUUAUUUUGAUCCCAAAUUGUCACAGUGGGAUAAGGCCAUUUCAUUUGCAUUUCCACUUAAUCAUCUUCCCCUUAUAUUUGAAACUCUCUUUUUCCUUGCACAUAUCCCUCCUACACACAAAACACACCCAUGCACCUGCAGACAAUGUCAAUCAAGAUUGAAGUCAGGGUCAAGUCCUUUACAGAAGGUAUGCCAAAUUUUUUAAACAUUCUAUGGAAACUUUUAAAACCCAUUUGAAGAUCUUGAGAUUAACAAAAUUCAACUUGGUAUGGAAAGAUCACAGUCAAAGACUGUUCGCUGCAAUCCUCUCAAAAUUAAUAACAAGCUUUUCUCAAUUGACCAGUUUGAGUAUGCAAAGAUUGACCCAAACUUUUUGGCAUGGCAAAACCUUUUUGUCUCCUAUGGAAUUAUGUGUAGACUGUAAAUUUUCCUCACCACUUAACAUGACUCCUCUACAAGUUUAUUUCUCUUUCAAGAAAUGUUGCUCUAGCAAAGUGUACCAUGGAACAAUUCCUAAUAGCUUCAAGGCCACUUUUAUAUGUUUACCUAUAAUUGUCCUUCAAUUCCAGAAAACCCCUUUGCAGUUUAAUUCACCUUGUGAAUACCAUUGCUAUCAAAGGUACUCAUAUGUAUUCUUUAACUGAGAUACAAAUUCCCUUUACUGGAAGAAACCCCAAGUUUCAAAAUAAUUUGUCAAGCAGACCGCAUGUACUUGUGCUUAACAAGAUGGAUCUCAUAGGAAUGGCCAAGCAAAGGGUUUGAUUAGUUUUAUUUUACUUUAAAGGUAGACAGAUCUAUUAGUAGAAUUCUGUAUGGUGUAACAAAAAAAAAACUAUUGGAUAUCAGGGGCUAGUUAGAAUUUCUGUCCAGCUAACAUGCUUUUAUCAUGUAUUAGGUAACCCAUGAGGUAUUAAUACUUCCCUUGCCUAGCAACUCUUUUGUUGUUCACCUUGGCUUUGGCAGGUUAUUCAUCUUUUUCUCAGUUUCCUUUGUGCUGACAGUGUAUAAAUUUUGGCUGGCAUUGCAACAAAUGUAAGUUUAGCUUACAUCCCCAAUUUUUCAUAGUUAGUUUUCAGUCUAUCUUGUAAGUUUAAAGUAAUUAAUGGGUGGACAUUGUAAUGGGUUUUCUGUACAAAUUUAUAUCAGUUUUACCUAUCCUUUGUUCCUUUGUUGGUCUGUUUAUCCUUGUUCUUUCACCUCAAUCUUCAUUUGUUACCACUUUCAUUCCUUGCUGUCACCCAUAGAUGAAUCUAUCUGAACUAUUUGUAUUAAAGAAUGCUUUCAAAUUUAUUUAUGCGACAGUCAUGCCUAAUUGGUGGCUUACAAAAAGUUUUUGUUUGGUAGUUUACACAAAGUAUUGUACUAGCAAAGCCAGGGCAAAGAUGAGUAGCACAAUCACCAUGCCCAUAGGGGGUUGACUGCAAACUUUCAAUGAUUUCUUCUGUUUUACAUUUUCAUUGAAGCCAAAUCUUUGCUUACAGGUAAAGUUGUUCUUAUUGAUUAUAGUAAAAGCAAAAAAUCAGAAAACCACAUUGCUGUCUUUGAGAAAAUACCCGUGAAAGAUGAAAAAUCGAGCCAAUUUUGGUUGUAAUGCGUAACACAAUCUCAGUGGUAAAAUUUUUUAAAUACAUUUUUCACUGAAAGAAAGCUCGUUUGAGCAAACAAAUUACACCUAAUGAUAACACACAAUAAACACUACAUUUGAGCAAAACUUUGACAUUUCAAGUUUAUUAAAACGCAUAGAAAAGAUUUAUCAUUCUUAAGUAUCCUUUGUGUAAUGCUGGGUUUCAGAAUUUGGAAGUACACCAAGUUGUUGUCCGCAGAAUGAAUGAACUGGAAUCCUGUGGGAACAAAAACACAUUAACCAAAUGCUCAUACUUGGUGUUCUAAAAUAGCGAAAAAUCAGUCUAAAGGAUUCACUAUAAACGGAGAAAUAUCAGUGUAAAACAGUCGCUACGGUUUUGUAAAACCUGAUUACGCAAUAAUAUUUUUCAUCAACUUACCUGCUCCUUUGCUACUAUAAUUCAAACACGGCAAAGUCGGGUUUCGAAAUCGAUUACACUUCAAUGCUCAUAAGUUUCUCUUGUCAUUUCCAAGUUUUAGGGUCCAUAUCUUUAGAAACGGCCAAAAUAUUCACUUUUGACCGAGUUGCUAUGCUUCUUACCAUGUUGACGCCAUAUUGAGAACGGAGUCUCACCACAAAUGCCACCAAAAGUGCUCUGUCGGGAGUCUUCAAGCUCAAUAAUUUUUCUGAGAUUUAGCCAUCCGUAAAUAUCACUUCAAGUGCGCUUGACAAGAGGUAUGGUUAACAAAAAGGAAGAAAAGCUUGCGAGGAUCAAAGAGUGGAGGGGGAAAAAGCAGGAAAAGAAUAGGCUAAGGAAUCUAAAAUAUAAUGAAAAGAAUUGCCAAAAGAGAGCUGAAUUUCCAAUAGAAAAAUGGUGAUGUGAUCUUCAAGUUGUAAAAAGAGGCAGAAAGUCAGUUUUUAGAGUGCCAGUUGAUCUCACUAGGGAGAUACUAGCCUCCAUGUAAUACAAAAUGUUAUUAUUUCUACUUUUUACUGUGUCAGUGAACUCGAAAUUGAUUAUUUGUGAAAAAGACCACACCCACAAGGGAUUAUGGGUAAAUACAAAUUUGAAUCAAAUGUGACAAAAAUAAAAUAGUUUGAAAUAAAUCAGUUGUAAUAGUAAAUGUGAAUUUAAAACAGACCUAAAGAAGUGAUUUUGUCCCAAACUAGCAAUUUUCACAUUUUCCAUACAUGUUACGGAAGUGGGUAUGGUGAUUGUGCUACUCAUCAAACUGAAAACUGAACAAUUAGAUACUGGUAUAAUAAACAAGGGACAAGAUUAGUUUGAUAAUAACAAUAAUAACCUCUGAAUCGUAGGAGAUCCUGAGACAACUGGAAAGUGAGGGAACUAGAGCUGUGCUUACUGAUAGUAAAUCUCAAUAUCAUUACAGCAUUAAAAGGGUAAACAAAAAGAUGGUUAAAGAUUAGGUUUGCAAUUUGUAUGUGAGCAAGUUACUGUUAGUCUGACUCUAUACUUGUUAAAAAUUUGAUUUGAUAACAUCCCUUUUGCUGUCAUUGUUUUGUUUUUUUUGUUUUCAUAGCUCAGUUAGCCUUGUUUAUACAGGCUGCCAUUUCAUCCAGCCUCAAAGCCAAACUGAGCCAGCCUGUCUAAUAUCACAAAUGAAGAAAUAGGUAGCACAAAUAAAUUAAUUUAAUACGUGUCUUUUAACCAGCCCUGAUGAAGCAGGCUUCAUUAAAGGCACAAAUAUUGGACAAAACAUUAAGCUGUUACAUAAAUGAAUUACUUUAAUACAGAGGGGAUUUAAGAUUGAAGCAGAAACAACUUCUUGAUACACAUGUGCAGCACCUUCAAGUACACUGAAAUCAAUGGUGAACCUGUUGUGUUUUUAAAAUGCAUGUAUAUUACCAGUAAUUGUAAUAUAUCAAUAUCAUGAUCGACAGUUACCUUACAGGUUGUGCCAGCUAUUCUUGAAGCAGUAAAGGAUGCUGAAUAUGAGGGAACAUACAUUAGAUCAGUUAGUAUUGGUGAUAUUAGUAAUUUUUUGAAAAAUGUUUCUUUAUGGAAUUGCUUUGUAAUUUAAUGAAUGUGCAGUUGUAUUAAAAUAGGGAGCAAGUAGCAAUAUGAUCCACUGGAAUCUAACACUAUGAAUUCACUCCAGGUGCCCCAAUCACCCUGAAAUUUCACAUGUUCUGUGGGUAAUAAUGUUAUCUCAACCUUUAGAAUGUGGAAUGUUCCUCAUGAUGAAUGAGUAAUUUCUUUAGUACCAACAUAUAAAUUUUGAUUUUUCAGAGGGCCACAAUUAUGUUAAUUAUUGUGAAGUAGUAUGAGCUCAUGCAAGUAAAGAGAGCUAGAAUCUCAUAAUAAUUGACUAUUGUAACUACAAUUCCCAAGCAUUGAAACAGUGGAAUAAAAAUGACUUUUUAGUCAUAAAAUUAGUUAUUUUUCUGGAAGCAUAUUCAAUAACUAGACCCCAUGGCACCAACAUGACAUCCAAAAAAUCAAAGAGUGACCAACAGCCUACGAUGAAGUUAGCAGUCCAAUGCAGUCUUGGCUACAUAUUGCAAUCCAAGUAGCAUAUACAAAAUAUCUCUCAGGAACAUCAACUAUUUUGAAAGCAGUAACUGUCUUUUAACUUUUGCUUGUAGAAUCCAGACAAGCCAUACAAUAUUUUGACCUGUGGUUUGCCAAAUACUGGAAAGUCUUCUUUGAUAAAUGCACUCCGAAGAAAAUACCUGCGGAAAGGUAUUUGCUCUAUCUCUAAUAAUCUUCUUCAGUCCCCGCCCCCUCUGAAAUUAUGAAAAUUACUUACUAUAAUGACUGCUGAAAACAUGCCAGUUUUUAUCUUCUGUUAAAUAUUGCAAUAUCCCUUAAGUGGAUAUUUAUGUGAUCUUUAUGGUAAUUUUAAACUUUAGUCUUCUCAGCAGUGAGCUAGACAGUGGAAAGUGUUAUUAUGAAUGUUCUGAAUGUGAACUUUCCCACAACACACAUGCACCUGUGAAAGACAAAGUGCAGUUACUGAAAUUUAAUUUUCUUGCUUCCAGAGGCCAAUACUUUAGGUGAAGUUUUGGAACAUUUGAAUUAAAAUGUUUUUUCUUUGAAAUUAAGACAACUAUAAUAUUAUUGAUUUCUUGGUUUGUGUAAAGGCAAAGCAACUAGAGUGGGUGCGGUUCCAGGAAUAACAAGAUCCAUGCAAGAAAAAAUUAAGGUGCUUACUACCUAUACUCAGACAUGGUGUAUAUAAACAUUUUAAAGGUGUUUACUACCUAUACUUACACAUGGUGUAUGUAAACAUUUUAAGGUGCUUACUACCUAUACUCAAACAUGGUUUAGUAAACACUUAAAGGUGCUUACUACCUAUACUUACACACUGUGUAUGUAAAUGUUUUUAAGGUGCUUAUUACCUAUACUUAUAUACAGUUUAAGUAAAUGUAUGUAAGGUGCUUAUUACCUAUACUUAUAUACAGUUUAAGUAAAUGUAUGUAAGGUGCUUACGACUUUUACUUACAUGCAUUACAUGUAAAGGUUUUUCCAUACCCAUCAACUUAAGAAAUUUAAUUGCUUCUAUUCAAAGGUGAAAAGCAUGAAAAAAAAACACUCUGACUGUAACUCUACUUGUAUAUUUUACAUGAGAGUACCUAGAACAUUCAACUUACCACAAUUGUUCACUUGACUGUGAUGAUGACUUCCACUCAGGUUGUCUGAACAUUAGUCAACACUACCGACAACAGUCGUUCUUAGGACUAUGCUGUCAAUUUUUUCUAUGGUUCAGCUCUUCUGUUCGUUUGUUAAAUCAUCAUUAUUAAUGGUCUCCCAUUCUCAAGAACACAAAUGAAAUGGUAUUUGAUCUAUUAAGGCUCCAGGGUAAAACUGGGCAGUUCAUAACUUGUAAGUUAUUCCUUUUCUUUCUGUCUCUUUCCUAAUCAGUAACUGUGUUUUGAAGUAUCUUUUUCAUUGUAAAACCAAAACAUACAACUCCAUGAUACAAAUUUUAAAAUAUUGAUAAAUGUAUAGGCUUCUAGGAUCCCCAGCUUGUGUGGAUUCAGUUCUACAACUGUAGAAACUACUGAUCUUAGUUACACUCAUUUCACAAUGACUGUCUCUGAGAAGGACAUUUUUGGUAUUGAAAUUAUAUCUUUCAGGUGUGUGAUGAGCCAGUAACAUAUAUGAUUGAUACUCCAGGUAAUCUGUGUAGUUAAGUUAAGUUAAGUAAUCACCGUUAGUCAGGGUACAUGAUGUACUUAUAACAGAUCUGCAGAGCAUUGUUUUUGUACUUCCCAUGUUUCUCAAUUUUUCAGGUGUGGUGGCUCCAUAUAUACCAACUGCAGAAAUAGGAAUGAAGCUAGCAUUAAUAGGUGUGGUUUCAUUUACUGCAUAUUAGAGCAUUGCCGGGUUUCAGCCAGGUUAUGUUGUACAAUUAUUUACAAUAAAAGAGUGAUUCCAAGCAACACUGUGUAUCAAAAUUUGAUGAGAACACACCUUAUCACCUGGCUUUCUUGAUGUUUGGGUCAACUUUUUGGAAUUAACAAUUUACUUUCCCCCCAGGGUCAGGUAACCGGUUGGUAGUCCUUUUAACUGAAGUUAACAAUCUAUCAAUUUCUCUGUAUGCAACAAUACCAGAAAGUUAUUUGACAACAAGUUUCCCUGCUUCAAAUAAACUACAGAAUCAACAGAUGAAUCUGUAGAUGACUUCUGUCUAGGUAGUCAAAUUGUCGGUUGCUUCCACUUACAGGUGUCAUCGUUGGUCUUUAUGACCAAUUGUUGUGGUUUGAACAUUUAGGGCUGAUUAUUUAAACAAAGUGUAGCCAUUGUUUAACAAAAUGGUGUCCUAAACAAUCCUCAAUUUAGGUGAACCUUACAUCUGAACAUUUGGGCCAAAAGUUGAUAGUGGAAGGACUUUUGUUUGAUGAAAUCAACCGUCUUGGAAAGAGAGCUUGAGGCCCACUGAUUGUGUAAGACCCUGAUUUGGGUUAGACCUUGUUUAAAUAGUGGGCCCUUACCAUAUAUUACAUUGUGUUGUUCCAGAGCUAAUGGGUUCAUCUCAAUAAUUAUGCCCCUCAAUGAGGACUGUUGAGUUUUGACUCUUGCAAUGACCAACUCUAUACAUAGUUAUCCUUGGCCUUUAGCUUCCAGGGUACAAAACACUUUCAGUACAUAAUGGAUAAAUCAGUGCCUACUCCAUUUUAUUAUAGGUUGUUUUAAAGACCAUAUUGUUGGUGAGGAAUUGAUUGCUGAUUAUCUGUUGUAUAUCUUGAACAAAGAAAAACGUUUUGAGUGAGUUCCUUAUGGUGUUACUUAAAACUUGCAGAGCACAGUUAGUGACUGUUUUGGUGGAUAUGAAUAAGUACUUUAUUAUGUGACCACUAAGUUUCCUCUAAAAUGAAAAAGGCACUUAAUUGUGACAAAGAUAUUACCACAUGAAAUACCAGUACCUUUUAGGCAAACUCCCUCCAUGAAGAUGAAACUAAGUUGUAAGGAGCUUUUCAGUGAGAAUCUUGACUGCAGGGUGCUCUUGUUAUAAAUAUCUAAAUACAACCAGGAUUACUUGCAUUGAAUUCCCAACCUGUUGUGCUUUCUUUCCAACUACCCCUUCCCCUCCCCUAACUCCAUUGAUAGUUGUGUUACAGUUAACCAGAGAUGAGUAACUGGUUGACAGUCACAAGUACAAAAGAGGGAAGAGGGAAUGACAAUUACAAGAAAUAAUUAACAUGAUUCAGGAAAACUGGAUUAGGUGUACCAAGUUUAGUCUCACUGGCAAAUUUCUUGGGGAAAAUGAUUUUAAAAAGCCAUGCACAUUUUCUUUCUAGAUCUGUUUGUCUUUGGGUUUUGUUCCAUCUUGUUUUAGCUUCCUUUGGGUCAAUGGAUGUAAGUUUGUAUGUUUUUGGUGGCUCUUUGCCAUAGGCAGCUGUCAACAAGAUGAGAUUUGCAUUGACAUGCACCCUCAUUUUUUGGUUUACCUCCAAACAUAUUAAAUUAUGAACUUGAAAAAAAUAUAUAUUAAUAUUUUUUUUGUUAUGGUAUCGAAGGGUUGACAAUUCUGAUCAAAGUGAUGAUGCUUAAGAUAAUUAUAACAUUGUUGAGAUUAUGCUGUUGUCCUAGAUAUGUGGAAAGCUUUGGCCUCAUGAACCCUAGUGAUAAUGUGAACUUCGUCAUGAGACAGUGGGCCAACAAACUAAAUGCUACAAUAUCAGGUAUGUUGUAAAAAAUUUAAUUAUUUCAAAGAUGUCUUAUGUUUGAUAUUUGAUUAAUAUAUAUUUCACCCACUUUCCAAUCACCCAUUGAUGAUAACUGAUUAAUUUUACAUUACGCAGUAGCUCUGUUAAUAAAUCUACCAUAUAUACAAUUUCUAUCCUUAUUUUAUCAGAGUUUUUCUUAGGACAUAGGUAAUUUCAUUUUUGAUCAGCAAUUAUUUGUUACAAGUUUAUUUAUUGCUGUAAUUGUUGUUACUUGGUAACUCUUCAAAAUUUGUGAUAGUUUGUUUAUUUUCUUAGGUGGAGUACCAGAUUACCGUAGAGCUCAUGUUGAUUUCCUCAAAAGGUUCAGAACAGGAAUGUUGGGACACGUACUUCUUGAUCGUCAGUUGCUUAGGGAAAAACAAAAAAACUUUUUGCCAACAAGUUUUGGACAGUAA